UGAUUGUUUAGUAGUGCAGAUAUAUCAUGUCACGCAUACGUACAGAGAACUUAGAGCGAUGCUCUUUUCGGAUUCUCUAUUUCUUUAUCGCAACAAUUAAUGUUUAAUGUUCUAUCACAAAUUGCCAAAAUAAAAAUUAGAACGCAAUGCAAUAUCCAUCCUAAAUGCUUUCUCAGCAAUCCUGGAUUGCUAUCUUUAUGCGGCUACUGUCAGCGUUACAUUCGUGAGACACAGCGUGGUGAAACCUACUAAGCGACGCAAAAGUUAAUAUUAUUCAUUUGGUUAGACAAAAAUAGAAAAUUUGAAUAACGUGUUUUACAUUCUUUUUACCUAUACACUACUGACUUUGCAUACUACGUCCCCACACAUAAAUUUUUCUUAAUUUACAUUCUUUAAUAUUAAUAUGUUAUAAAUUAUUGAAACAGUCAGUGAAGAAGGAAUAUACGAAAUGUAAAAGAAGAAAGUUUAAAAGAGAAAAAUUAAAAUACGAAUGAGAAAUUAAUAAUAAAAAAAUGGGAAACCAACAGUUGUUAAGUUUUGUAGUGUUGUUUUUGUUUUGUGUAGAGAAAGUGUGUCCAUCUGUUCCAAACGUUAAAGUGAAACCAGGGACAGGACAAUGCGACAGUGAAUGUUCCGAGAAAUUUGUGGACAAAUGGUACAUAUGGGUGCCACUCCUGAUUGUACUGAUUUUAGUCUGCGCCAUAGGAGGCUUCUUGAGAGCAAGAAAAAAAAUAUGCUGCACGAAAUGGAGAAAUCUAAAACAAGACAACAAUGUCCAACAUCGGCCGAAUAUCCAAAACGAUAUGCUUCGAGAUCCACGAUACAUGUUUAGUGCAUACGAUGUUUACACAGAAAGUGUGAAUAUGAGUGAUAUUCAAAAUGAAAUCCCGCUCGACCAAUCGCAGUUAAAUAACGGCUCACCAGUGUUCUUGAUAGAUAAUGACCCACCAUCUUACAAAGAGAAUGUUGACCAAGAUAGCCCGUCACCUUCACAUGCACACAGCAAGGAUAGUCAAUUACCAGCAGAUGCUCCUCCGACGUAUAGCUCUCUUUUUGAACGCCAGUAAAACAGAAAGGGACACGAAAACCUAUUCUUGAAACUUUUCGUUACAAACCAGAUACAGGGAACUGUUUUUACGCUUGUAUAAUUUAUUCCAUGAAGAAUGCAUGUCUUUAUUUAAUUUUAUAAACACUUUAAUAAUGUAUAAGUACAAAAUAAUAAAAAAAUUAAAAAAUAGAUCAUUGACCUUCUA